UGAACCUCGCGAAGCGGAUAAAUGGAAAACGGUGUGCACUGAAUAGCUAAAUAGCAAAAGUGUGUUGUGUCAUUGUGGUGUUUUAAUUGUUUCAAUUACGAGUAUUGUCCAUAAAAAACAAGUUUAUUUUUUCGAUUUCGUAUGCUGAACUUGUUGUGCCACGGUUGGGUCAUCCGGUGAACAUGCGCGCUAGUGAUGAAUGUGCGAAUGUGCGAAGAUUCCUCAUCCCAUUGAUAAUCUUCACACAAACACAUACGCAACCGAUAUGCAUAAAUACAUGGGCAGCAAUGCACUUGUGCAACAAAGAGAAGCAAGACAACGAAUAGUGUAAAAAGCAAUAAAAAUAACUAGGCGGAAAAUAAUAAGCCAAACCGAACAGAAAACUCGAAAAGAGUUGCUCUUCUUCUGUGAAUUAUUAAUGUUGGGAUAGUGACUGGUAUGCAUGAAAUACAUACAUACGUACAUACACACACAUAUAUAUGUAUGGAUGGAUGUAGAUAAAAUAAAGAGCCGAGUAAAUUAUAAGCAGCAACAAAUGCUGAACGGUUAAAGUUGAGUUGCCGCGAAAUUGUUGGCUGGCAUUGAUGCUGCCGCUACUCUCACCGGUGGGGCCAAAAGAUAACGCGAGAUACCACCCUAAAGAGCUGAAUUCAACAUACGAACUCAUAACCGCAUUGACUCCCGAACUCAUUCACUCACAUACGCGUUUGUGUAAUUGUGCAUACACAAAUACGUAUUUACGUGCGUAUCCAUACAUCAGGCUGAGGAGUCGGCGUACAAAAGUGAAAGAUCACAGCGAAUUUGCACUUGUUAUUAUUUCGAAUUUGUAUGGUAUCGGUUAAUGUUUCAGUGGUUAUUGCACUUGAAGUUGUUGAUUUUUUUCAUUGCUGAAAUUAAGUGUACAGUUUAUUGUUGACAAUUACUCAGCUCUGCUGCCGAUUUCAUCUACAGUUUUUCACAUAGCGGCCUUCCUAAUUGUGAUUAAUUAAAGAGAGUUGUGGCGUGCCACAUUACGUUGACAUGCAACAUUGGAAGGCGAGUCACGCAAACGUCAUUUAAAACAUUUCAUUUAAAAUAAAACAAGAGAAACGUGUACAAAUGUACCAUCUCAAGCCAGCUCAAUCAGCGAAUCAAUCAAAGAUUUUCAAUGAGACCCUCACAUCACAACGAGGCGCCAGCUAAGUCAGUUAUACCAACAAAAAAACUAAAAACAAUACCAACAGCAUUAAUGCAUAUAAGCUGAACUGAUGAAAGAAAUAUUCAAACAAAAUUCUAGUGAGAAGAAAUCAACGCCAAAAGCUACUACAAGCAGUGAAAGCCGCAAUUGCAGUCGAAGAGUUUUAUAAAAAUCAUUGCCACAGCAGUAUCGAUUUGCUGUCGACGGGCUUUAUGUAUGAAUGUGUGUAUCUAAGAAUAAAAGAGAUUUCUUUCAAAUCGAAAACGAGUCAGAAAAAUGUACCGCCCGAACUUCUAUGAAUCAACGUGCCUGCGGUGCAAUGAAAUCGUCUAUCAAGUUGAUCGAGUGGGCCCCCUCAAGGACUUCACAUUUUUCCACUCUGGCUGCUUUAAAUGCGUACAUUGUGGCACCAAGUUGACACUUAAAACAUAUUUCAAUAAUCAGCACAAGCAGGACGACAAGGAGGUUUACUGUAGUUCACAUGUACCAAAGAGUGGACCUGGCCAUUUGGAUCAAACAUCAGUGGGUAUAAGACAGGCUUUAAAUGCGCCACGCACCAACAAAUACGUCAAUGAGCAAAUCCGCGGAACACGCAACGAAGUUGACGGUGGAUUAGGUUCACGUCAAUCGACACCAAAUGGUUAUGGCAGCCGUGAUGUCAGCUCACCGUCACAAAACGAUUCCGAUUAUAAAUACGGUCGAUUCGAUGCGAGCGCAUUGCAUAUCGCGCACGCGCUCAAGCAAACAGAAAUACAAAAGGCUUAUAAUAAGAUGAGAGAAAAGCCAAUAGAUUUCUAUUUGGCACGCGAGGAGCAAGCACAUCUUGAGAUGAAACAUCGCAAGGAGGAAGAUGAUUUAUACCGAAAAUUUGCACGUAAACGGGAGGAGGAGGAUCGUAAAAUACAAUCCGAAUUCCAAGACGAAUGGGAGCGCGAGCUGCAGCGUCUCACACACAAGUUCGAAAAGGAACUAUCCACUUCGCGACGCAAUCGCGAUGAACAGAAUAUGCUGACGCUACGGCACGAACAGCAAAAGGAAGAUCUAGAAAAGAAUAUGACACUGCGACGCAGUAAAAAGAAAGAAAGUAUUACACGAAAAAUGCUGGAACACGAGAGAUAUGAAACAGCUGCAUUGGUAGAUCGUCAAUCGAGUGAAAUGUUGGAGUUGAUCAGUGCGCGUCGUUCGGAAUAUAUGCAAAAUGAGAGCAUAUUUCUAGAUGAUGAAUUUGACGAAGGAGCCGUCCCCCUAGAAUAUCCCAUGGUGGCACCAGUACCAGCUCCUCCUGCUGUUAGCAAAUUCCAAAUAUAUACCGAUCCCAUUGAAUUCGAAGAUGUCGACCGCAUUGCAAUAUCGGUGGCUCAAGAGGAUCAGAAGACUUUUACGGACUUGGUACGACAGCUAGUCGGUCGUUGCACCACAGACAUUGAAAAAGCUCGAACGAUUUUCCGUUGGAUAACUGUUAAAAACUUAAAUGCAAUGCAUUUCGAUGAUGACUUGCGUGGGGAUACGCCAAUGGGCUUACUGCGGGGUAUCAAAUACGGCACAGAAAGCUACCAUGUACUGUUUAAGCGUCUCUGCAGCUACGCCGGUCUGCACUGUGUAGUGAUCAAAGGCUAUUCGAAAAGUGCGGGAUACCAGCCAGGUGUCAAAUUCCAGGAUUCUCGAUUCCGCAACUCUUGGAAUGCUGUAUACGUGGCAGGAGCAUGGCGCUUCGUCCAAUGUAAUUGGGGCGCUCGACAUUUGGUCAACGCAAAGGAAGCGCCCAAGACCGGUCGUGGGAAGAACGACAGCUUAAGAUAUGAAUAUGAUGAUCACUAUUUCCUGACGGAUCCACGAGAAUUCAUCUACGAAUUUUUCCCCCUACAAGAAGAGUGGCAACUACUUAAAAGACCCAUAACUUUGCGGGAAUUCGAAAAUCUACCAUUUGUGCGUUCACUUUUCUUCCGCUACGGAUUACACUUCGCGGAUGAGGGCUAUGGAGCCGUAGUUUUCACUGAUGACACGGGUGCAGCCACUGUUCGUAUUGCUAUGCCUACCGAUAUGCAGAGCUGCCUGAUUUUUCACUACAAUCUGAAGUUUUACGACAGCGACGAGGACUCUUACGACGGUGUGUCUCUAAAGCGUUUUGUUAUGCAAUCGGUCAUUGGAAAUAUUGUAGCCUUUCGUGUUCAUGCGCCAUGUUCCGGUGCCUUUCUUCUGGACAUCUUUGCUAAUGCAGUUACGCCCCAAGAAUAUCUAACAGGCGAACCUAUGAAAUUUAAAUCUGUUUGUAAAUUUAAGAUAUGCUGUGAAGAAUUACAAACAGUGAUGGUACCAUUGCCGGAUUGCGCAAGCGGGGAAUGGGGGCCAACCAAAGCGACGCGGCUUUUUGGAUUAAUACCAAUAACUCACCAGGAUCCACUUAUAUUUGCCGGGCGAGGUUUGGACCUUCAGUUUCGCAUGUCACGUCCACUGACAGAUUUUAUGGCGACACUGCACAAGAACGGAAUUGAAGAGAAGAAACUCUCUAAGUACGUGACGCACAGCACCUUGGAUGACAUUGUGACAUUCAUAAUAAACUUUCCCGAAGAGGGUCAAUAUGGCUUGGAUAUCUACACCCGAGAAGCUGGAGCCAUGGCUGCACAUCAUAGCAACUCUUCAUCGUCCGGCGAAAAGCAUCUACUCACGCACUGCUGUAAAUACCUAAUCAAUUCAUCGAAGCGAAACUAAAUGCGCAUUAAUACAUAUGCAAUACUUAUUUAUGAUUGUAUGCAAUGUUGUUACAAUAAUUUUAGUGUAAAUGUGAGAAUUACCAAUUAGCCCUAAGAGUUUUCUAUGAUUAACACCAAUUGUUUUUAAACUUAAUUCUAUGCAUAUUAAUAUAUUAUACAUUUUAA